AUGCACCACUUUCAGACUCAAACUUGUACCGUCCUUUUUCCUUUUUCUCCACCUUUGUUCAAGGAGAGACUGGUGUCUACAGCUUUCGACACUCCUCACCUUCUCUUCGCUCUUCUAGCAGCAUCCUGCAGCCAUCACGCUCGACUAGCCUAUGGUUCUCUCUCCGAAGUCGAGAAAACAACUCUGGAGUUUACGAACCUGGCCGUUGUUGGACUAAGAGCGGCUAUGAACGAUGCGAACGAGCUUCACAGUGUGGAAACUGCUAUGACGGCCAUGACGUUAUGCACAAACGAUAUAUGUGACGGAAACCUACAGUCAUGGAGAUUGCAUCUUACCGGAGUUAAGGAAUUACUGAGCACUUUCUUCAGAAAGCAACAAGACAGCAUGCGGAGAUCCGAUCCAUUCGCCAUUUUCCUCGCCAAAUGGUUUGCUACUCUUGACACUUCUGCUGGUAUCUCAGGGCUGGACAACCAUGCCGUGAGCAAUGGACAGUAUUGGUCUAUUAAUGCAAAAAAGCAUAAUGCCGGAGCAGUGGACGACUUUUGCGGCUACUCGCUGGAAUUGAUGCCGAUCCUCGCUCGACUUGGAACGUUAGCCCGCUCGCAGCAACCCAGAACUUCCGUAUCAAGCGAUCGAUCACUUACGGACGCCUCUUUGAGCCCGGAUGUUAAUGUAUGGGACGAAGCACGAAUGAUUGAAGCGGAAAUUCUUUGUCUUUCAAACAUGUUUGCUUCAGAACCCACGAGCUGUCUGGAAAAGGGUUGUACAGAAGAAUCACGAAGCACACAUCAGGCUUUCAUAUAUGCCGCUCUCCUUUACCUUCAUCGCCGCAUUCAGUUGCUUCCAAAAGAUCAUCCAGUCGUCAGAGAAGACAUUGCAGGCGUUAUCAACGCAGUGGAAGAGAUAAAGUCUUUCUCAACUGCAAAUAUCCUCAUACUCUGGCCACUAUUCAGCGCUGGUUGCGAUACAGACGAUCCAUGGGAGAGAAGCUUCAUCCAGACCAGAAUGGACAACAUGCGGACACUAGGAAUGGGCAACUUCACCCGAGCAAAGGAGCUGAUGCAUCAAUACUGGAACUCAGGCUCCCAUCUACGCUGGGAUGUUUAUUUCGCCCUAUCUGGCACUAGCCUUGUCCUUUUUUGA